CGCGCGUCAUAUUGACACGCGCGCUCGUGUUCUUAUCGUUAAAAUAGAAUUGAAUUACAUAUCGACGAGACGAGAGAAAAUUAGCGGAACGGCCGCGAACGUAUCGUAACCUUCCUAUCUCAUGCGAGAUACACGAUCGGUUCUCUCUUUCUCCCUCUCAUGGCGUAUGUCAAUGUAGCCGAGUGGAAGACGGACCAGGUGUGCGAGUGGCUGAAAGGUCUAGAUAAUUCCAUACUUCCCUAUGUCCAUAGUUUUAUGAAUCAUAGUGUUAAUGGACAACAAUUACUAAGUUUACAACCAGAGGAUUUGGAACAUUUGAGUGUACUAAAACUUGGGCAUCAAGAAAUUAUACUUGAGGCUGUAGAAUAUUUGAGAAAUUUUCACUAUGAAUUGGACAGAGAAAAUCUGCAAUUACUGGCACUGCGACUUUCAUGCCAGGCACACAGCUUACACAAUGAAUUGUCUCGUCAAACUGAUUCAAAGCCUGUUACAACUCAAACAUUAUCGGAUGUAGCAUCAGUUGUGAUGGCAGUCAAACCUUUAGUAAGAUGGCUCGAUCGUCCUCCAUUCUGUGGUCAAUUGGAAUAUAAUGACAAGAAAACUGAAUUGAUGAAACUAUCUUUGGAAAUGGCUACAUGUGCACAAAGGGAUAGAUUUGCUGAGAAACCGAUUGAAGAGAUCAGAACAACUUGCGAUCAAUUGGCAAAAUUAGCAGAUUAUAUUAUUCAAGAUACCGAUGAUCCUAUGAUUUUACAACCUGCCAGUUUAGAUCUAGCAACAUUAAAAAAGAAAUCUGGUGAUGAUUUGGGUUUUUAUAUCUUACCAUCUUUUCAUGGAGUACAUCAGAUAGCUGAAAUAAAGUUUGGAUCUGCUGCACAUCAAUGUGGUAAAAUGGAAGAAGGUGAUGAGAUAGUUCAGGUAAAUUAUCAAACGGUAGUUGGUUGGGAGAGAAAAAACUUGCUUGAAUUAUUUCGUGAGAGCCCAGCAGAAAUCCUCUUGACUCUAAAACGUAGGCCAAGGCAUACUAAAGUUUAUGGGCAAAUUUAUAUAAAACCAUAUAGACUUCCAAGUAACAAAAAAACCUCUUACACAACACGAUGGCAACAUAAUCUUCCAUCCCCUAGACCAGAAUUAUUAACAAUACCUGACUUUACAAUGCCAUUACCUAGACAUAUGCCAAAGAAUCCCAGUCCGGAACCGGCAAGUAUUUUAGAUACGGUUAAUAUGUUGGACACAAUGGCCACGGAUAGUAGCGAUUCGGAUAGCGAGGUAGAACCACCUCUUUCUAUCCGUCUGUAUUCCGCGAAACCGAGAAAUUUAGUCCAAAGACGAGCUACGAUUACGGGUGCCAGUCCUACGUCGAAACACGGUAUCGAUAUAGAGCAAUUUUGGAAGGAGCUAAAGCAAGAGCACAGUACGACCUUUCAGUUGCGUGACAAAGCGGCAUCCUGCGCCCAUGGUCUAGAUAAUGUAUUACCAGUGGUAAAUAUACGACCACAAACAUGUUUAGGAUUAGAAUCGACGAAAAAGAGGAAAAAGACUGAUGAACAAACAGACGAUAAGAAGGUGCAGUUUGAAGAAAAGUUGACCGACGUUGAAAGCAUUCAUCCAGAUGAUGCGAAGAGAACGACUCACAAUGUAAGGGAAAGAGUUACACCUACACAAAGUUGUGACGAUGGCACGAAUGCUACAAAUAAAAAUAGCAAUAAUAAGAAACAAGUGAUGGAUAAUGUCAACGAUAGCAAUAAUAUAAGUGAUAUAAUCGUGCCUUUGGAUGAAUGUAAUAAUUUUAUCGGAGAUACAUGUAAUAUUAAUAAGAACACGCUGGAUAACACAGAGACCGGCGCACGAUAUGUUAAAGAACGCGGUAAAUUAGAUAAAAGCUACAGUACGCCUGCAUACGAUCUAUCGGAUACUGAAGAUAGGGAGGAGGAUAGAAAAUUAGCGUUUUUGCAGAAUCCAUUUUGUAAAUUAGAUUUACCUGUUCAUUGUUCGAACAAUGUACCAAGUGGUGCUUCAACAAAGACUGAUGUUUGUACGUAUACCGACAGUGCUAUUGAUGAAAAAUUGAAGAAUACGAAUGGAGAACAUAAAGAAACAUCUAUGUCUAGAAUAUGCGGCGGGAAUGUCGCGCGAAAAAUCAGCGAUAUCGAGAAACAGAUAGCGCAUGAAAACGCAGAGGAACAAGCAAGUGUCUUCGGAGUGCCUAAGGAAUUAGAUUCACGUAAGAAUAUUAUACGCAUUACUAUAAACGACGCGAGUCCUAAUAAUAAUUGUAUAGAGAAAAACCAAAGCAAUAUCGAUUGUAAUAUAGCCGAAGGAAAUGUGAAUACAUGUGACGAGAAGCAUUCUGUCACGGAGUUAAGUAUCGAAUGCGAAAAAGAUGUUAUAAACAAAUUCCAUUCUGGGGCUAUUUGUUCGAUAAAUUUGGCAGACAAAUGUCGCGAGAAUAUCGUUUGCAAUAACUCGGAAAUGUCAAAUAGUGAAGAAGCAUACAGUAGUAGUAGUAGUAGUAGUAGUAGUAGUAGUAGUAAUAGUAAUAGUAAUAGUAAUAGUAAUAGUAGUAGUAAUAGCAGCAUUGAAAGAGAUGAGACGUUGCAAAAAUUCGACAGAAUUUUGCAAACAGUUGAUUGCGCCUUAACUCAGCAUGCAAAAUUGCUUGAGAAAAAGUCUUCCGUGAUGAUAUCGAACGAAGAUUCUACCAACACAAGGAUAUCGCCAAGCAAUAACGUCAAAUCUUCUAUCGAGGACGAUCUACCGAAUGUUUCAAAAAUGCAAAUUAGUGGAAAACCACAAAUUAAAGAGAUAAAAUCUGCAGAAUCGCCCUUGGCACAAGCUAUGAUACAAUCUUGCCGUUAUAUAGAAUUACCGAAGAUCGAGUCUGUUAGAAAACUUGAAAAUAAAUCUCAUGUAACACCGCCAGAACCACCGCCUCGUAAGUAUUACACGAAACACGCGGCGGUGGCCACAAAUGACUUAAAAUUAAAUAUUACUUCAAAAAUUCCGAACAGUUUGGAAAAACCUCAAGUUCCAGAAAGACCCAAAAUAAGACGAGACUUUAGAAAAGUAGAUAACUUGAAUUUAUCUGUGAAUCACACCAGAAGCAAUUCAGAUUGUCAAGAUAGAGAAAAUUCUUCUUCAGAUGUUAAUACAGAAAAUUCAAUUGAUUUUAUCGAACGACAAAUUACAAGUUUAAAUGAUCAAAAAUUUACUCAAUCCGAUACUUCGUUAUAUAAUGAAAAUGCCAACAAACAAUUGAGAGAAGAUAAAUAUUCGUUUGAAAAAUACGAGCCAUUCAUCGAAAAGUUUGCUUGUUCGAGUCAAUCUAUAACAGACUGUUAUAAAUCUGGUCAUUCUCCUCGCAAUGUCGAAUGCCUUGAUGGUGCGACACACUCGAAACAAAUGAUAUUGGAUUUAAAGGCGAAAUCAUCAGAGAAAGAUAAAAGUUUCGAGAAAAGUGUUGUUAAUAGAGCUAUGAUGGUAGCUAGAAGUAUUGGCUUACACAGUAGUUUGAGCAAAUCUAAUAGCAGUCCGAGAAGUAACAGAAAACGUAAUAUGUUGCUAGCAAAGAGGAGAAAUGUAUCCGUGAAAGAUGUUGGUAGUGGUGAUUUGGAAGGAUGGCUGAUAUAUCGAAGCAGAGGAGCAGGCGGCGCAUGGGCAAGGGCUUGGUUCGUGCUAAAGUGCUCAUCAUUGUACAGAUUUAAGACACAAGACAGUGCGAAAGCCGAUUGCUUGAUCGUGUUAACGGGUUUUACCGUAUCACCAGCAGCCGAAGUAAAAUCGAGGAAAUAUGCCUUUAAGGUAUAUCAUACGGGGACGGUGUUUUAUUUUGCCGCCGAUGCUGAAGAUUCAUUGAUUCUGUGGCUAGAUGCGGUCAGUAAAGGCACUCUGGGUGCAGAUACCAACAAUCAAACCAUCGGACUUUUCAGCGAAACCGACGAAAGCGACAGCGAAAAUCACAAGAGCAAGAUAAAAUGCACCUUGGAAUCUAAACCAAAUCUAGAAAAGAAUUCGUUUGGUUCUUUGAAAAAGGUAGUGCGAAAGGAUAUCGCAUCAUUUAAAGACCAUGAAAUUAGUGGGGCGAGCUUGGAUAGAAAAUAUUUGAAGUUUCUCGGUGCCAGAAAUCAAAAUAUGCCUGUUCCAACGGCGCAAUUUAGAAGUUACAGAAGAGUACUUCCCACAUCGACGCCAAAGAAAGAAGAUUCCAAUUCAAAUUCUCCGGAUUUGCAAAUGACUAUCGCGGGUAGCACAUUUUAUGGAUUAAGCGGCUCACAAAGUGCCAUGGAUAUGUCGAGCUCGUCAAACAAUCAAGAUAUGGGUGAUUAUCGGCGUACUACGGAUAGAUCCAUCGAUAGCCGUAAUAGAAGACCGGAUGAUUUGCAAAGCUUUAUCACGUUGGAAGAAUUUAUGUUAUCUCAACAGAAUGAGGAUCAACAGCGGUCAAGUACCAUAAAUAGAUCGCUGUCUCCACGCGCGACACCUUUGACCGGUGAUCACGUGCAUGUAGAACAUAGGAACUUGAAUAAUAACGCGGCAUACGGCGAGCAAAUCAGACAGUUGAAUGAUACAUUUUUGAAUAAUGAUACUGGCUAUAUUUAUGGCAAAACUAACGAUGAAAUAUCGAGAAGUAGUAACGCUAUGUAUGCUCACUCGAGGAAUACGCAUGAGCAUACAGUGCGUCAAGUCACCGGGGAUUGCUUAGUUAUUGCUCGAUCUGAAACCAAAGGAGAUUGCGUAAGCGAUAAAUCUUAUGGCAAGUAUACGGUCGGACAGAAAAAAAUAUGGGAUCCCUCCGGGUCUGUGCAAAAGAGAAGACCGCAAGAAUUUGCGAACGCUCAGCAGACAAGACAUACAGGUGAUUCGAAUCAUUGGAGAAACCCAAUGAGUAGCCCUAUAGCAAAUAAGCAUGAUUCUCCGGGUUACAGUAGAGAUUACGAACAUAAUACACAUGUACAAUCUUCCAAUCACGAAAGCUACCAGACACACGAUUGUGUUCCGUCCAGAAAUGUCGGUACAUCAGUAAUAGAGGAUUUCAAGACUGUACCGAAACGACACGUUAGAAAUGACGAUUAUUCUGGAUCUAGUAGCGACCUCGCGAGUCACACAUUUGAGGCACAACAACGCAUAAAUAAUGUAACGAUUAAUCGAAAAGGAAGUUUCAAUCUCACUAAUCGUCACGAUUAUAAUUCUUCCGAUAAACACUGGCUAGACUCAUUAAGACGCGGCGGCGAUAAGAAAGGCUCGAAUUACGAUCAGAACCGUUUGAAAAACGUUGCACAAUAUCAACCACCACCUAUAACGACUUCACCUUUUGAACAAGAAGGUAUGAAAGCUGCGUUUGAAAUGCACUUGGAUAAGAACGAUCAAAUGCAGAAGGGGAAUCGUCUAAAAAAUUUAUUCGGUACAAAACAACAGAAGCCUUGUAGUUUGGAUCUUCCUAAAGACGCCCAAAAAACCAUAUUAGGCUCGCCGAGAUUGCAUAGAGCGCUAUUUCGGGACAAAUGUUCUAAUCAAUCGCAGCAUCGAUUAUCCACUCGUUCUGGCAGUCAGAGUCCUGGUGAUAGUGGAAUCAGUCAAUCUCACAGUUCUUUUAGCGGCAAUAGUCCUUCCCAAACACUCAGUCAAAGUUUCAGUUCUGUCAGUUCAGUUAGUGACUGGAGCCCGGACGUAACAACAUCAUCUAAUAUAUCAAAGUAUGGUAGCGGAUAUUUAUCUGGCCAUAGAGGCUUUUCCAAUUCUGGCAGGAGCUCGUUGGCACCUCCAACGUUACCAUAUAUACCACCGCCAACGUCUCCGCCACCCGAUUAUCCUGGCUUAGAAUAUCCGCCGGUAUUUGAACCCGGUACUUACUCUCUUUCGGAUGCAUCAUUGCUACGCAAUCGCAAUAAAAAUAGUCAAGACACAACCUAAUAACAAGAAACGAGCCAAAUUCAUCUCUUUAACAACCAAAGAUAAGAAUUUCUUUCAAUUUAUCGAUUGACAGGUGUUCUAAUAUAGAAGUACAGUUCAAUUUCACAUAGAGAUACAGUUAACUUUAUUAUACAUAUCGUAUAUACUAUAAUUAAAGUUAAAAUAUUCUCUGCCAUUAUUAAGUAUUUUAAAAUAACCGUCCAUUGUCUGAUUCCACAAAUAUAACAAGCAUAUUCAUAAUUAUCGAAAUUAUAGAGAACUUAUUUUUCUUCAAAGUAUAAAUCCUAAAAAUGAAAUAUUUUGCAAAUAGCUAAACCGAUGUCGCAACAUGGAGAAGACUGAAUUAAAUAUUAUCUAACAUUACCUGUUAGAUAUUGUAAAUUAUCAAAUUUUUUAUCUAUU